GGAAGACUGGGGUUAGGCAACCAGGAAUCUCAUAAUUCCCCUCAACAGGUGGUAGUUCCACAGGACUAUGAACCCCAGAGAGUUGUAUGUGGCAUUGACAGUUCUAUGAUUCUGACUGUGGGCAAUCAGAUCUUGGCCUGUGGCAGUAACAGGUUUAACAAACUUGGCCUAGAUAAGAUACCGACUAUUAGUAAACCACCUUCUGAGGAUCAAGUGGAAGAGGCCUACACCUUCAGUCCAGUCCAGUCAGCACCUCUGCAUCUGGAGGCCAUUCUGUGCGCAGAUGUGGGCACUUCCCACUCCUCUGUAGUAACAGCCCGGGGGCAGUGUUACACCUUUGGCAGCAAUCAACAUGGACAACUAGGCACCAGUGCACACCGGAACAGUAGAGUGCCCUAUCUCAUCCCUGCACCGCAAGGGUUAAAAGUGACAAUGGUGGCAUGUGGUGAUGCCUUCACAGUAGCUGUUUGUGCAGAUGGCCAAGUCUUCACAUGGGGGAAAGGAGCCAGAGGACGACUAGGACGCAGAGACGAGGGGAUUGGGGUACCUAAAAUGGUUCAACUGGAGGAGAGCCACCCCUAUACAGUAACUUCAGUGGCAUGUUGCCAUGGUAACACUCUCCUAGCGGUAAAGCGUAAGUAUGCCACAAGUAUGCAUGUG